AUGCCGGGAGCCCGACUUCGCCGGAAGCCGGAAGGGAGGCCGCUGUGGGGCUCGAAACAGGAAGUGACGGCUGUUUCCUUCCGUCCCUGCUCUUCCGGCGCAUCUGGUUGUCCCCAUCAGACGGGGAGCCCACUGAGUCUCUCACACCAGAGGUCCCUGAUGGCACAGACCAUGCUUCCCCCUCCUUCUGAUGUCUCCGCUCAGGGCCCAAUCCUGAACCCCCGCCUGCACCUAAGGUGCAGCGGCCGCACACAGUGCGGUGGACCUCGGCUACCCCGCGCGCCCUCCAGGCUUGGCCACCGGAGCCCCUCACAGGAGCCCAGGUGGCGGCGCAGGCAAGGCUGGUCCCUGCCCGUGCGGAGGCACCAUCGUGGGGAACACACCACCCCAGCCAUGCAUCGCCACCGCAACAGCCUUGAGGCCGCCACCACCCCCGCUGCCCCAGGGGAGCCUGUAUCCAUAGAAACCGGUGUGAGAAAGAAGCUGGUGCAAUCUCUGCUGCCCGUGCAAGCCGACAGCCCAGGAGGACAAAGAGCGCUGGCCUGGCCCUCCUCCUCGCCACUGUCUCACACGGGCGUCUGGAGGGCGGGACGUGGGGCAGAAAGGUGCUCGACAAGCAGAGUGGGGGGGCCUGGCUGCGAGUCGGGGGGCAGCGUUCUACCCCUUACUUUGCUCCAGGCUGCUGCCAGCUUUGGGCGAGUCCCUUCCUCGUGCUUCGUCCUCCUCCUGCCCAGAGUGAGGGCCUCCCCAGCCCAGAUGGCUAAGACUCUCCUGAUACAGAAGCAAGGAAUCCGUGAGCUGGUCAGAUCGGUGCCUUUUCUUACUCCACCAGGAGGGAACGGGGAGGGGGUGGUCGGGGCGACACUGGACUCUCUACUGGGAAAGGACCUCCUCAGCCUUCAGCAGAGCACCGGGGGUUGCGAGCUCAAUUAG